ACACCAAAAAACAUCGUUUCUAAUAUCACCGGAAAAAAAAACACUCAAAAGUUUUUGAUUUCUUUCCUUUGAUCCGCAUUAUCCGUAGAUCAGUCUAGUCCCGCACACAAUAACCAUAUCGAAACAGAGUACGUUUUCAAUGGUAGUAUUUGAGUUGUCAAUGUUCAGGUUUUGGAAGAGGCCAUCCAAUCCCAAAGGAGGUCCGGGAGAUAUAGAGGUUGGUCUCGCCGCCGCCGGCGGCUACUCAAAUGAUGAUGUUGCCGUUCCACACCUUCCUGAAGAUCUUGGUGGUGGCUCUGUCCCUGAAGCUGAGUCAGGCGAUUUGGAAGCCGGUCUUGUUACUACUGAUCUCCCGAGCUCGUGGAGGAGGGGUACGUUGAAGAGAGUAUCUCGCGCGUUGGCGUUUUAUCGAGUGAUAAGCGAUAUGUUGAGGAGGAACACAACAUCUGAUGACCAAUCACUUGUACAACAUGAUGAUGACCAAGAAGCAGAGCAAUCAGCAAACGAACCUUCAACUUCUGGCGGAUUUGGGAUUGGAUUGGACGAACUCGUUCAACUUGUCAAAGAUGGUGGUAGCCUUGAAGCUUUGAAUCGAUAUAAUGGGGCAAGCACACUUGUUCAUGGGUUAACAACUCUGCUCAAGACUGAUCUAAAAUCGGGCAUAGAUCGUUGUGUGGAUGAGAUACAGCAUCGCAGGAACACUUUUGGGUCUAAUACAUACCCUUCCAGAAAGGGAAAGAGAUUCUGGUGCUUUCUCUGGAGAGCUUGCAAGCUUUCUCAUUUCCUGGUUAUCUUGCUUGGUCAAGUAAUUCUUUCACUGCUGCGAGUUAACACAAAGGGUAUCUUCGAUGGAUGGUACGUAGAAGCUUGCAUCAUUUUGGCGAUUCUUCUUUACAUCAUUGUGAGAGCUAUCAUCGAGUACAAGCAGUCUCGUCAGUUUGAAAUCUUGAGAAAGGAGAAGAGAAACGUACACCUAGAGGUUAUUAGAAGUGGCAGAAGAUUCUUGGUUUCUAAUUAUGAUAUUGUUGUGGGCGAUAUUGUACCCCUCAAGAACGGUGGUCAGGUACCUGCAGAUGGUGUCCUGUUUGUUGCAAACUCAUUGAUAGUUGACGAGCAAGAAAUAACUGGCUCAGACGAAUAUGUUCAAAAAGAUCUCCAAAGAAAUCCGUUCCUGUUAUCUGGCUCAAAACUGAUAGAUGGCAUAGGUACAAUGCUGGUUACAAGUGUUGGAAUGAACACUGCAUGGGGGUUUAAGAUGGAGAUUCCACAAGAGACAGACGAAGAAAAGCCUUUUCAGGGAUACCUGAAAUGGCUUGCGAUUUCUGCCAGCUGGUCCUUCGUUUUGUUCGCUUCAGUUGCCUGUAGUGUUCGAUUAGGCCGAUACUUUAGUGGUUGGAGCAAAAAAUCAGAUGGAACUCCAAUGUUUAUUUAUGGAAUCACCACUGCUGAUGAAUCAACAGAAUUUGUGAUCACAUCACUGAGUUUUGGGAUUGCUACGAUAGUAGUGGCAGUGCCUUUUGGACUUUCUAUAGCCGUUCGCUUGAACCUUGCAAAGACAACGAGGAAAAUGAUGACCGACAAACUUUUGAUGUCUGUGGUUGAUGUCUGGGCUGGAGGAAUGAGAAUGCAAGAUAUGGAUAAUGUUUCACAGUUGCCCCCGUUUCUUAAAGAACUAAUCAUAGAAGGCAUUGCCCAAAACACAAAUGGCAGUGUUGUUUUUGAAACGGGAGUCACUGAACCAGAGCUUUAUGGAUCACCAACAGAACAAGCUAUUCUUAGCUUUGGGAAUAAGUUGGGAAUGAAAUUCAAUCAUGCUAGGUCAGCAUCAUUAGUCCGUCAUACUAUACCAUUCAGCCCAAAAAAGAAAUAUGGAGGCGUGGCACUACAGAUUGGUGCACACGCCCACGCUCAUUGGAAAGGAUCUGCAAAAACUAUUCUGAGUUCAUGUGAAAGGUAUAUGGAUGGGGCCAAUAACCCCAGAGGCAUUGAUGAUGAGAAACGAAAGUCCAUUCUCUCUUUAGUUUUUGAAGGAACAAUUGAAGAGAUGUGCAACAAAGGAUUGCGUUGUGCAGCACUUGCUUAUCAACCUUGUGAACUGGAAAGUCUUCCAACAACCAUUAAGGAACCUCGAAACCUUGUUUUGUUGGCUAUUAUUGGUAUAAAGGAUCCUUGCCGGCCAGGCACAAGGGAUGCGAUCCAACUGUGCAAUUCCGGAAGUGUUAAGGUUUGCAUGGUGAUGGACUAUGACGUUUUGACUGCACAAGCAAUAGCAAUUGAAUGCGGGAUACUGACAGAUGCAUCUGGCCGUAAUAUAAGGACAGGAGCCCAAUUUCGUGAACUAACCGAUCCACAAAGAGAGCAGAUCGCCGGAGACAUCUUAGUGUUUGCUCAAUCUUCUCCCGACGACAACCUUCUGCUUGUCCAAGCACUGAAGAAAAGAGGGCAUAUAGUUGCAGCCACUGGGAUGGGAAUACAUGAUCCAAAGACACUACGCGAGGCUCAUGUUAGCCUUGCAAUGGGAGUUGGAGGGACCGCAGCAGCAAAAGAGAAUUCCGAUAUCAUUAUACUAGAUGAUAAUUUUGCUACGAUUGUCAAGUGUAUCAUAUGGUCUCGAUCUCUAUACACCAAUGUCCAGAGAUCUAUCCUAUUCCGGCUCACUGUCAGUGUAUCAGCAUUGGCUAUCUGUGUGGUUGAGGUUGUAGUUUAUGACGCAUUUCCACUUAACGUCGUGCAGUUUCUGUGGCUUAAUCUUGUUAUCGACAUCUUAGGAGCAUUAGCGUUGGCAUACAGACCAAGUUCUGGUCACCACUUAAUGGGAAAGCCACCGGUUGGUAUAAGAGAUCCUCUUAUAACCAAGGCGAUGUGGUCCAAGUUGAUAAUACAGGUAAUUUACCUAGUGCUGUCGCUGGUACUCAUAAAUUCUGAGAAGCUACUGAAGCUGAAGCAUGGUCAUACCGGCAAUGCGGAAAAAGUGAUGAACACAUUUGUAUUCAAUUCCUUCGUCUUCUGCCUGGUUUUUAAUGAGUUUGAAAUCCGAAGUGUAGACCAAACCUUCAAACAAAUCCUUAGAGAGAAUAUGUUUCUCGUUACAAUAACCUCAACUAUCAUCUCUCAGAUAAUCGUAAUAGAGUUGGCAGGCUUUUUAAGUUCUUCCACCAGGCUUGACUUGAAAAAAUGGGUGACGACAAGUCUUUUGGGAUUGCUCAGCCAAGUCGCCAAUCGCUACCCUUACCCGGUCAACCAAUAUUACCAAUCAACCAUUCCUCCUAGGUUUACCGCUAUAGCUAUGGAGGAAAUGCCUUUAUCGGCGCUAUUUGAGCAAGCAAGGAAAAUUCAUCUUGCUGCUUCAGAGUCCGGUGUUGAUCAGGAUGUUGUGAAGAAAGGAUGUGAGAUGUUUCAGAAGUGCGAAGAUAUGAUCGGGAAGCUGGCGCUGUUUUCGUCUAACGAGACUAAAGAAGAUAUUAGCACCAACAAUCUCAAAUAUCUUUUGGUGCCUUACUAUCUUGCGGACCUGACGGAGAAAAUCAUACAGGAAGACCGGAUUCAAAUUGUCAAAGCCUCGUAUGCAAAGUUGAAGGAGUUCUUUUCGUUCUGUGAGGCAAUGGAGCUUGUUCCGGAUGAGGAGUUGGAGGCUUCUUCACGAGGAGGUUCCGGUGCACCUGCAGAUCGAAAGGCUCUGAAGAUAGCUCGGUUCAAACGUCAAAAGGCUGCAGAGGCAAAGCUUCUUGAAAUUAAAGAGAGGAAGGAGCGACGUGGACGUUCCACUAAAGCAGCAGCCUUGUCGACUCCGGUUGAAUCUGGAGAAGAUGAUAUUCCAGAUGAUGACAGCGAAGAAGAGAGAGAGGCCUGGCUCUCCUCAAUUAACUUGGCUGUUUGUAAGAUAAGAGGAAAUGCUCUCUGCAAUAAAGGAAAGACAGUUGAAGGAUGGAGGGAUGGGUUUUCUCGGGAUGCUCUUGAUGAUCGUACAAAGAAAGCUGAAACCUGGCACAGAGACGCUGCUGCGAGGGUACGGUACUCUAACCCAGCACAACCAAUCACUUGUGCUACAUUUGCACAAGAUGUGUUAGAAGGAAGAGCUUCGGUAUCAGAAGGUCACGAACACAAGCACCAACCUCUUAUAUUCGGUCCAGCAAGCAUCGUGGGUGGACCGCUCUCUACACAGAGAGAGAGGAUGAUAGCUCAGGGAUACCUGAAAUGGCUUGCGAUUUCUGCCAGCUGGUCCUUCGUUUUGUUCGCUUCAGUUGCCUGUAGUGUUCGAUUAGGCCGAUACUUUAGUGGUUGGAGCAAAAAAUCAGAUGGAACUCCAAUGUUUAUUUAUGGAAUCACUACUGCUGAUGAAGCAACAGAAUUUGUGAUCACAUCCCUGAGUUUUGGGAUUGCUACGAUAGUAGUGGCAGUGCCUUUUGGACUUUCUAUAGCCGUUCGCUUGAAAGCAUCAACAACCUGGCACAGAGACGCUGCUGCGAGGGUACGGUACUCUAACCCAGCACAACCAAUCACUUGUGCCACAUUUGCACAAGAUGUGUUAGAAGGAAGAGCUUCAGUAUCAGAAGGUCACGAACACAAGCACCAACCUCUUAUAUUCGGUCCAGCAAGCAUCGUGGGUGGACCGCUCUCUACACAGAGAGAGAGGAUGAUAGCUCAGGUUUUCCAACCAAGUCACAGGAUGCCUACAAUGUGCAUAGAGGAUGCUGGAUUAACAGAGAUGAAUAUAAUGAAUGAUUGGCAAGAGCAGACGAAAAAAGCCAUUGAAGAAGCAACCACCUCAUGGUACAGUGAUAAAUCUCUGAGAAGAAAGGAAGAGGACGAAGAAGAUGAUGAUGAAGACAGGAAGCUGUAAUGAAAGCUAGAGCUUUCGAUGAUUGGAAGGAUGAUAAUCCUCGUGGUGCAGGUAACAAGAAACUCACACCUUGUGGCUGAGAGAUUGAGACUGAGACACAUAUUUGACACUGUAUCCCUCUUUUGUUUCUUAUUUCCAAAACAUCUUCUUGCACUUAUGAUGUCUGUAAUGUAAUCAUCUUUCUACUGUAAACCUUAAGACUAUUACAGAUUUACAGCAUAAAAGUUAACUACUGGU